GGACACUUUGAGAGUCCUUCUUCUGAAAAUAAUGGCCAAGGACUCACUUCUUCCUUUAUUCCCACUUCAGGGCUCGCUUUUCACCUAUAUAAACCAUCAUUUUCCUUUCUCCCAUUUGCCGUCACCACCCAACAACAAACCCUAGUUUUCUUUGUUUGGAUCUGAAGUAUCUCCAUGACGAUUCUCAUCGAUCGCCACUCUGAUCAGAACGAUGCAGGAGAUGAGAUUGUAGAGAAGAAUCAGGGGAAUGUUAAAGAGGAAGAAACAGAGUUGGUGUUAGAUGCAGCUUUUGAGGCUCCUCACACCAACUCCUUUGGUCACACCUUCAGGGAUUAUGAUGCUGAGAGUGAGAGGAGGAGAGGUGUGGAGGAAUUUUACAGGGUUAAUCACAUUGGCCAAACCGUUGAUUUCGUGAGGAAGAUGAGGGAAGAAUACAGGAAGCUAAACCGUACUGAGAUGAGCAUUUGGGAAUGCUGUGAGCUUCUGAAUGAGUUUAUCGACGAGAGUGAUCCCGAUUUGGACGAACCUCAGAUCGAGCAUUUGCUUCAGACAGCUGAAGCCAUCAGGAAAGAUUACCCUGAUGAAGACUGGCUCCAUCUGACCGGUCUUAUCCACGAUCUUGGAAAAGUUCUUCUUCACCCUUCGUUUGGUGAGCUCCCUCAAUGGGCUGUUGUUGGCGAUACAUUUCCAGUGGGAUGUGCAUUUGAUGAAUCUAUUGUUCACCACAAGUACUUCAAGGAGAAUCCAGACUAUGAUAACCUUAGUUACAACACCAAGUACGGGAUAUACACCGAAGACUGUGGGCUCGAUAAUGUUUUGAUGUCUUGGGGACAUGAUGAUUACAUGUACCUUGUUGCGAAGGAGAAUCAAACUACAUUACCAUCAGCCGGUCUUUUCAUCAUCAGAUACCAUUCGUUCUACGCUCUUCACAAAUCAGAAGCAUAUAAGCAUUUGAUGAACAAUGAAGACAGAGAGAACAUGAAUUGGCUGAAAGUGUUCAACAAGUAUGAUCUCUACAGCAAAAGCAAAGUCCGUAUAAACGUGGAGGACGUGAAACCAUAUUACCUCUCCCUUAUCAACAAGUAUUUUCCGGCCAAGCUAAAAUGGUGAAAAAUUACAAGCAGAAAGCUUUCUACUAAAAUGGAUGAGAGGAAUGCGACCAAAAUUAAACCUUUUAACUAAAAAAAAAUGUGUAAAUGUAAAGGCAAUAACGGAUAUGCCUUGAUGAAUAAAACAGAGAGUUGUUUCGUUUCUGCCUACUGCUUAGUUUCAUUUCCAAGGUUUAUUUAAGAGAUGUUACAUUCCCGUUGAACUAAA